AUGGGAUUUAUGGACUCUAUCAAGGCUUUUGUGCACUCUGUGACCACAGACGAUCACUACGCAUCUUAUGGGUCUCCGUAUGAGCACUCUUCCGCCGGUGGCUCGCUUGGAGGCCAAUCAAACUCGUCGUCGCUGAGACUCCAGGAACUCAAUAGUUCACUGACACACUCUCUUAUGAGCUCCCGUAACGCCAGCAGCUCAAACAUUGUGGGCUACCGGCCUGGAAUGCGGUCUUCUGCCACAAACGUAAGCAACUCCGGGGCACCUGGGGCCCAUGAAUUGCAGACUUUUGGCGCCAACGGCCAGCCCCCGUUGCCUAGUAUCGACUCUCUUUGGGACCGGAUCGAGGAAUUCUUGGAAGAGGAGUACCCAGAGCUAGAAGACAGCUUGAACACCGGCGCUUCUUCCGCAGAUUUGAAUGAAUUGGAGAAGGACUUGGCCGCAGGACCGCUCCCCGUGGAAGUGCGCCAGUUCUACAAGAGACACGAUGGUCAGUUCCGCGGCGGCAAGCCUACAGGAUUGCUUAUGGGAUUAACCCUCUUGGACAUUGAGAGCAUAAUGGAGGAGUACUCCAUCUGGGCCAAGGUGGCUGAGAAGAUGGAGAGACAAACUGCAAUUUUACAGCACCAACAGCAGCAAGCCGCAAGUACUGAGGGUACAUCCGCCUCGAAGUUGUUGCAGGAAAAGAUCUCCAAUAGUUACCUCAUGCACCAAAAGAUCUCCAAUAGUUACCUCAUGCACCAAAAGUCCAUUCCGAAAGACGCCGUGCAACCAUACUACGUUCACCGUGGUUGGAUUCCUAUUGCAAGGGACUAUGUUGGGAACAUGAUUGCUCUUGAUUUGGCCCCGGGUGCUGCAGGCAUCAUGGGCCAGAUUAUAUUGUUUGGGCGCGAGUUCGACACGAAGGUUGUGGUUGCCUCCAACUUGCAGGAAUUACUUUUCCACUUCAUCACUGACUUGGAGACGGGGAAUUACCAAAUAGACAAGUCGGAGUCAAAUUACGACAACGGAUUCUUGGACUCCUCUAGAUCAGACGACUAUAUGAUUGGGGAUGAAGACGAGGACAAUGGUGAGCUUUUAUUCUUUGACCGUGACGGAGCAGAGUUUGGCAAGAACUCAAAGAACAAGCUCUCCUACAUUGAAGUCUUGAAGCGUAGAGCAUUGUCCAGAUACGGCAUUGCGCAUAGUGAAAAGUUCCAGACCUCUUUCACCCCCCACAGAAUUUCCAGAAAGAUCCAGCUGCCCAACGGAUCGAGUCCAAGGCCUUCUAAAUCCAGGACUGGGUCGGCAUCGCAGCUUGUGACAGUUGAGAGUGCAACCGACUUGCUCAAGGAAACUUUGAUUGGUGCCGAUGCAAAAGUACUGACUAAAAACGAACUAUCAAACAAGGCUGGUAAGUCUGAUCUGGAGGCUAUAGAAAAAGAGAAGGUCGCCCAGACCGAGCCAGCUUCGGAAGUCAUGAAAGAAGACAACGAGAGCGGGAAUCACAAGCAGCUUGAUGACUCUGCUGAAGCUCCCACUGAAAAAGAUAUUGAAGCUCAAACGAAUAAUGUCGAAUCUGCCAUUGACUCUGUGACGGUAGUUGAUGAGGACGGCCACACUGAAAUCGCGCUUUAG